CUUCUUGGGCGAUACGAGUGUAAUAAGCCGGAGCCCCCUGCCCCCCCCCCCCAACCCCCUCUUCAAGGCUCAGGCUCCCCCCCUUCUCCGUGGCGACUGCGCAUGCCCGCAUGCCCCUAUACGCCCCCUCGAGCACUCUGCCUCACUCUACACCCCCGAGACCCACGCCGGGCAAAUUGCAUCCCCACCCCCCGGGUAAGGCCAGCUGCACUGCCUGCACUCUGAACGGUCGAGGUGGAUAUCAUGUCGAGCACAGAGGCGAAUGAAGUUUCUCCGUCUCCUGACAUCCAAAUAGCUCGGGGGACCUCUGUUACUCACCCUGACGGUGGAGAUACAGAUUCUGACUCACAGGCGGAGGACAUCAUCUCGUUGCUCCCAGAUGAAUUACUGUUGUCAAUAUUUCAGCUUUUGGGCCCCAAAGAUCUUGUGACAGCCAUUGCAAAUGUGUCUUUGAGGUGGAGAAAAUUAGCGAGGGAACCAAGUCUCUGGAGGAACAGGUUCAUUUAUUAUUGCUGGCGGAAUCCAAAUGUCUUCAUUGACAUAUUGAAGAACGUUCAUACUCAAAUUGAAUACCUGCACUUAGGUGGCCACAGAGAACUGGAAGAAAAAGCUCUGCAAGCAUUACUUUCAGUAAAUGUGACACAUGUGAAGAGACUUGACUUUCUUGGUAGUUGUCGCACCGACCCAAGUAAAGUAUUAGAAAUUCUGUCAAAAUUCAGUCUAAAUAUUGAGUCACUUACUUUGUGUGUUAAUGAUGAGUUAGUUUCUUAUGGAGAAGAUGGUUUAACAUGUUACGCUUUUGUUCAUUCCAAUGCAAUUCCAAGGCCAGGCCUUAUAUUUACCAUAAUGGCUCAAAUGACAAAUUUGAAAAAUUUGCGAUUAUGUGGAGGAUUUAGUACACAGUGGUAUUUUGGAGAAUUGUUGGAGCAGCCAGGUUGUGGGAUGAUAGAAACUUUAGAUUUAAAAGAAUUUCAAGAAUUUAGACAUCGGUUUAUAUCAAGCAGAAAAACUGGCUUUGUGCAGGCUCUUUUAAUAAAAAACAAAAAUCAUUUAAAGUCUAUUAAGCUGUCAGAAACAUGUGCUCGAAAUCCAGGAGUGAGAGAAUGUGUGAAUGAAAGUCAAGAGCAUUUGGAAGAACUGGCAAUUAAUGCAGCACAGAUAGACUAUUUUCUACAUGAAAUGAUCAAUAUCACUGCACUGCAUUUGACAGGACGGUUCCAAUUUGAUUGGGAGGAAGGAAUUUGCAAGGUAAUAAAUUAUUCACACAUAACUACAAAUUUAGAGGAGAUCAAUCUUAUCCAGUUUAACCAUAUGGGAAUGAGCUUUUAUGAAAUUGGCCAAUCAUUUGCUCGGCUAAGAGUAUUUAGAAUUGAUGGAAAUUUGCUUGAUGAAAGGAAUAUUGCUAUUGUAGCAAAGUACUCACCCUCGCUUGAAAAAAUAUGUGUGAGGAACACUAAUAUAGUUGCCAAAAGACAUCUGGUUCUAUUGGAGAUGAAUGUUCACUCACUGAAAAUUAUAGACUUUGGAGGAAUAUCAGGACUUAAAUGUACAAAUUCUGCAGUUAAAUUGAAGAAAAAAUCCAUUGUAGAAUUGAAAGUUUUUGGAACAGGCUGUGAUUGCAAACAUGAACAAAAAAGUACCUCCCCGGAAAAGAAAUCACAUUCAGUCAAAUCAAAUGGUACAAACAACAUAGAUGAUACGGUACCAGUGACAUCUGAAAAAGAGAGAUUUCGAUUGAUUGACUUAAUCAUGAGUAACAUGAUAAAAGUAGAAUUUUUCUCAGAAAUUGCAGGAAUUUCCAAAAUUGAUGCAAAUGAUAUAAUUUUUCACUUCAAUCAGUAACUGUUGCUGUUGAAAAUGUAAUUCAAUCACAUUUAUUGCAUUUGAGUGUGAAUGUCUUAAUUGUGAUGUAAUUCCUUUAAUACUAAAGUUUUGAGUCUAAAAAUUAUAACUUUUAAAAUGUAAUGACCAAGUUUGUGCUGUGUCAUGUAUAAAACAUGUAUAAAAUACUUAUGUAACAAUCAAUCAUUUAUUUAAUCAAAUUGGGCGUAAAUUAACAGAGCUCAUAAUUUCUACUGUACAUUUAUUUACAGAUUCAGGCAGACAACUGUGGUUAAAAGUGGUUACUGUGCAAUGAUUUCUUGAAACACCUCUGUCAUAUAUAUCACCUGCAAAGUUUUUUACUCUUUAGAUUGAAAGUAUAAUUAAGAAAUACUGUAUCAUUCUAAUGUCUGUGGCAUAUUUUAUCAUAAAUUUAUUAUAAUUUAUGUACCCUAUACAGUUUAACUUUUUUUUGUACAUGAAAAUGAUAAAUGAAUCACAAACAAAAUUAAAAUACAUGUCUGCUCUAGCAAAAUCUUUACACAGUUGUUUUAUUCAAUUUUUACCCUAUAGGACCGUGCUCUCACAUCAUAUCUUAAGAAAUCUAACUGUCAGUCAACUUACACUAACAGACAGAAAUAAACACACAAAGAUACUU